CAGGUCACCUUUUGCUCACCAAACCCUCCCCCCGCCAAGCUGCGCGCGCAGCUGGGACCCAGACUCAGGUCGGGCCCUCGUAAGUGUCGGUGACUGUGGGAAGUGGGAGAUAAGGUCCUGACAGCCCCGAAACUAACACCAUCGCCGCGGCCGCCCAGGGGGGCAGCAGCUGAGGGGCCGGGGCCCAGGACCCAGAGCCCAAGCCAUCCCCUCCAGCCAUGGCCUGCGAGGCUGGGCCAAAGGCGGCCGACAGCACCUUCUCAUCCGACAGACAUGCCCAGAUCAUCCUGGCCCAGAUUAACGAGAUGCGCAGCGGGCAGGAUUUCUGCGACGUGCAGCUGCAGGUGGGGGAGGCUGAGUUCCGUGUGCACCGGCUGGUGCUGGCUGCCAGCAGCCCCUACUUUGCAGCACUCUUCACUGGGGGAAUGAAGGAAUCCUGCAAGGAUGAGGUGCAGAUCCUGGGCAUCGAAGCGGGAAUUUUCCAGACUCUUCUGGAUUUCAUUUACACAGGUGUGGUGAACAUAGGUGUGAACAACGUUCAGGAACUGAUCGUGGCUGCUGACAUGCUCCAGCUGACCGAGGUGGUGGACCUGUGCUGUGAGUUUCUGAAAGGACAGGUAGAGCCGUCCAACAGCAUCGGCAUAUUCCAGUUCUCGGAGCAGAUCGCCUGCCAUGACCUCCUGGAGUUCACAGAGAACUACAUCCACGUGCAUUUCUUGGAGGUGAGCGGUGGGGAAGAGUUUUUGGCGCUGACCAAGGAUCAGCUGAUAAAGAUUUUGCGAAGUGAGGAGCUGAGCAUCGAAGACGAGUACCAGGUAUUUUUGGCCGCCAUGCAGUGGGUUCUGAAGGACCUGGGCAGGAGGAAGAAGCAUGUGGUCGAAGUCCUGGAGCCUGUCCGAUUCCCCCUGCUGCCUCCGCAGAGGCUGGUCAAGUACAUAGAAGGAGUCCCUGACUUCAGCCUCCGAGUGGCCCUGCAGACACUGUUGAAAGAGUUCUGUGAGAUGGGCAAGCCCGCCAAGGAUAAUAGGUUCUGCAGUUUCCUGCAGACCUCCAAGGUGCGGCCUCGGAAGAAAGCGAGGAAGUACCUGUAUGCGGUAGGUGGAUACACCCGGCUGCAGGGGGGACGAUGGAGUGACAGCAGAGCCCUCAGCUGUGUAGAGCGUUUCGACACCUUCAGCCAGUACUGGACUACGGUGUCUUCCCUCCACCAGGCCCGCAGCGGCCUGGGAGUGGCGGUAGUGGGAGGGAUGAUCUAUGCCAUUGGAGGGGAAAAGGAUUCGAUGAUCUUUGACUGCACCGAGCGCUAUGACCCAGUCACCAAGCAGUGGACAACUGUGGCUUCCAUGAACCAGCCCCGGUGUGGCCUGGGGGUGUGCGUGUGCUAUGGGGCAAUCUAUGCUCUGGGUGGAUGGGUUGGAGCUGAGAUAGGAAACUCCAUUGAACGAUUCGAUCCUGAGGAAAAUAGCUGGGAAGUUGUUGGCACCAUGGCCGUGCCACGCUACUACUUUGGCUGCUGUGAGAUCCAAGGCUUAAUCUAUGUGGUUGGCGGCAUCAGCAAUGAGGGUGUGGAGCUCUGUUCCGUUGAAGUAUACAACCCAAUUUCCAAGUGCUGGUCAACGCUCCCUCCCAUGGGGACCAGGAGGGCCUAUCUUGGGGUUGCUGCCCUGAAUGACUGCAUCUACUCGAUUGGAGGAUGGAAUGAGACCCAGGACACCCUGCACACCGUAGAAAAAUAUUCCUUUGAGGAGGAGAGGUGGGUUGAAGUUGCAUCCAUGAAAGUGCCCCGAGCCGGUGUGUGCGUGGUGGCCAUCAAUGGGCUUCUGUACGUCUCUGGUGGCCGGUCUUCCAGUCAUGAUUUCUUGGCCCCUGUCACCUUGGAUUCGGUGGAAGUGUACAACCCUCACUCUGACACAUGGACUGAAAUCGGCAACAUGAUCACCAGCCGGUGUGAAGGGGGCGUGGCCGUACUGUGACACGCAUCGGAAACCCUGGGGUCUUGGAAGAGGAUGCUGGGGCUUGGGGCAGGACUAGAGAGAGAGAGAGGGAGGCUCCAAGAUCAGAAGUGUGGAUAUUUCAAGUGCAGAAAGUGCUGAAAAAUAGGCUAGAGCAGUGCUCCUGAGUGGUGUGGGCCAAGUUUGGCAUCUGUUAGCGGGCAAAGCCUGCCCUGACAGUGGGCAAUCAGGUUCACGUUGCCAGCCCCCUCUGGCUCAAGAACCACACUGUCCAUUCUGUACAGGUGGUCCUGUUGGGGCCUUUUCCUGUGCAAUACAAAAUACUCCUACACAGAAUUCUGUUGCCCCACAAUGAAAGCCAUACCAUUGCCCAUGCCAUCUGCCCCGUAGGGCAAUGACUGCCCAUCUCUUAGUCCCAGGGCUUUCAUUGGCACCAACCCCUCAGUUGGCAGCAUAUUUACUGGGAGAGGCUGGUGGGAAAUGGAGACAAUCCUGCCAGGAGCUCAUGGCAAACCUUGGCUUGCUGGUUUUCACUGGGUCCCCCCCAAUUCCCCCUGACUGGGUAGGUUUAAAAGUCCCCAGCAGCCUUCUGAAACAGAGGCCUCAGGCCUAGUCUGUCUGAGAAGGAGUGGUCACUCACAGAUGGGCUUAGCUUUUACAAGAGGGUGAAGCUUCAGGCCUCCAUCCUGCCUCUCUUCCAGCUGUUCUGGAAGGAGCCAUGCUUUGUGCUUGCCUGCCCGCCCGUGAAGCUUCCUUGGAAGCACCACCUCACAGGGACUGCUCAGCUUCCUCUCAGCCCCAUUCCUUUGCACGCUCACCCCCAUUUUCACCACCAGGCCUUUGGCAAAGGGUGGGAUCACGGGGUGACAGAGAGGAAGGCUCAACCUGGGACUGCUUCUCUGCAACUUGCUUGCAUGUGCUAGCUUCAGCUCCC